UGAAACCCUAGCCAGCACCCUAGAACUUUCUCUCUGUGCGACGAUUCGCAAAGCUCUUCCUUUGUGAAUUAACGAGCGAUUUCUGUCUCCAAACAGCAGAUUGAAUACCUCAAGUGGCUUGCACAGUUGACAAAAUUCUGAUACUGGAAGGUCCCCUUGUUAUAUAGAUUUAAUAGACAACGAAUUAUAAGGAGAUUGGAUAUCUUACUAACCUGGACAUAAAAUGAGAUUAGAGAAGUGCUGGUUCUGUUCCUCCACUGUAUAUCCAGGGCAUGGUAUUCAGUUUGUUCGCAAUGAUGCCAAGAUUUUUCGGUUCUGUAGAUCUAAAUGCCACAAGAACUUCAAGAUGAAGAGGAAUCCUCGUAAAGUAAAAUGGACAAAGGCCUACAGGCGGUUGCAUGGAAAGGAUAUGACACAGGAUUCAACCUUUGAGUUUGAGAGAAAGCGGAAUAGGCCAGAGAGAUAUGACAGGAAUCUUGCAGAGAACACUCUAAAGGCAAUUAAGAAGAUUGACAAAGUUAGAGUAGAUAGGGAGGCCAGACACCAUGCGCUCAGGAUGAAGGGAAAGAAAGCCAAGGAGCAAAGGGAGGCAGCAAAGGAACUGGAGCAGGGCAUCCACAUGGUCAAAGCUCCAGCUGUUCUCGAAAAGGAGCCAUCUCUUACCCUCCCAAAAAUCAAAGUCAAGGUAUCUCGACCUCAGGCAGAGGAGAAUCACCCCAUGGAAGAAUGAUUCCAGUGGUCCCUGUGUUGUUGCUCCAUUUAGCUAUCAUCCACCGUGUUGUUUUAAAUUGGCAGCUUAUUAUAAAGCAUGGUGUGUGGAAGCAGAAGUUUUGCUUGGGACUGGAGAAGAAACCUGUAUCUCAGAACCAUUUUUCAUUACUUAGUUUCAUUUACAAACCAGAGAAAGUUGUUGUGCUGGUGGUGGUUUUUAUUACUCAUGAUAGACGUUUUGAAGGAUCUGCUGCCUUCUCUCUGA